UUGAAUAAUGGACAAAAUGCAACGAUGAGCAGUGUCAAACAGAAACGAAGAAAAAACAUCUAGGAAUUUUCCGCUGUUGCUGCAGACGCUGGGACGGUGGUCGCCUACGGUUGCUUAGUUGCAGUAAAUCCUACGGGGGAAGGACGGCAAUGAGGAAAAGUAAGGUCAGAGGUUUCUUUGCUUGGACCGACGACGAGGUGGAACUGUUGCUGAAAGUAACACAUGAAUAUAAGGCGGUCAAGGCGGCGGAAAACAUGGAUUGGGAGUCGUGUCAAAGCAAAUACAGCGACAUAUUUGAGUGGUACGGGGAGCGUUAUCCGUCGCCGGAGGAAGCGAUGGCAAUGGGAAAGGAGUACCCACACAAGAAGUAUGAACUCACGAAAGGUCAAUUGACUAGCAAAGUCAAGGCCAUACGGAUGAGAUACAGGCAAGCGGUCAAUUUGGGUAGAAAAAGGAGCCGUGGGCGAGUAGUCUUACUCUAUUUUGACCUCUGUGAGUCCAUUUGGGGAGGAUCUCCAGCUACUCAUGCAAUAUCAGAGGGUAUCGAGACCAGCGACGUGGUGGUGGAAUCGAUCGCCAGCACACCUAACACUGGGUUGUCAUCUGUGCUGGGUGGGGACAGAUUUGCAAAGGAUGCCAUGUCGGCAGAGAUUGUGGCGAAUCGACGCCAGAGACUUGAUGCUACCCUGAGUGGCUACAGGAAAGAAAAACUCAAGAGAAAACAAUCCACAGAUUCCGUUGCACAGGAGGAUCUGGACAUUAAGAGGCAGCUCCUCCAACAAUUUGAGGAGACCAACCACGAGUUCGUGCAGAUUAUGUGCCAGUGGUCAUCAACAAUGGACCGUCUGACCUCUAAUGUCGAGCUGCUGGUGCAGCAUUUUGUGGGUACAAGUGGUUGUGUUAACAAUUGUGGUUGCAGUUGUAAACACAAUAUGGUUAGUAAAGAUCUGUCAGAAAAAUACAAGAGGCUGGUGAACCCAGAGGAGGCUCUGGAGGACUCCAAGCCUCCCAGGAUCAAGGAGGAACCCUUGAGAGACAUCUCCUUGCCAGUCAGUGAGGAGCCCGGGGUGGACCUGGCCUCUGGGGACCAGGCCCUGCCUGUGGGGGCACUGGGGGCCCAUAGAGAGAAGCCUCCUGCAGGCCUCGAGGCUGCCAACUCUCUGCAUGCCUGAGGUGGUGGCAGGGCCAACAGUUCCCCUCUAUGGCCACAGGUAAAAAUGAAGACCAAAGAAGAGGAGGAGGGCCAGGGAGCUGGGCCCCAUCAUCACCACCAUGGCGUCCGGGGGGCUGGCGUGUUCGAGGAGGGGCGUCCAUGUCGACCAUGAGCGAGUCUGGAGGAACCGUGGCGCCGUCACCUGGAGAUGCAGCAUCAGAUGGCAGUUACGCCUCACACUCAUCUGACUCUCUGAUGGGCACCUCGCCAGUCUUUAACCAAGACCAAGGAAGUGGAUGAAGAAAAUGUGAUGGUUCCCUAAUUAGCCUCUAAAAAGGGAGUUAUUUAUUCACCCAGUAACUGAAACCAGCAGCGACACUGAAGAGACAAUACAUUCACAGAUCCCAGCAAGUGUUCAGAGUUGGUUAUCCUACUUUCAAAGUUCAGUUACAUCUGAUACUUACAACAGUCUGACAAAUAAAAAUGUGGACAAACAAACAUAUUACGCACAACAACUUGGUGAAUGGUAGUGUUCACAACCAUAUUAAAAAGAACAAAAACAUGACAAGCCUUUAUGAGGGGCCAUUAAGGAGGGAGAAUGAACUGUUGAGGUGAUACAUAUGUAUUUUUGGGGGGGGACAAGUUUGUUUACAUGAAUAAAUUUGGGAAAUUUGUUGAAAAUGUUGAUCCUGAAUACAUGAGUUGUGUUUGAUACCAAAACAAUAAAUGUCAUCUUUUUGAGUAUAUAUUGUAGGCA